AUGAGCUUCGCACGGCCGGCAAGAUGUGUGUUUUGCAGCUUUACUCGAGGUGUCUCCGCGGGCACGCGAGUGCCUAGUCGCCAAUUCCACCCUUCCCCGACACAGUUCACGAACCGUAAACCAAAAUUCCCCAACUUCAAGGCCCGAGAUGAGAAGACUUUGGAAGAGAUUACGCGGGAUAUGAAGCCCAAGCACUUUAAGCCGUACACGGAGGAGGAAAAGGCAGCCCUGAAGGAAGAAUACACUCCUGAGCAGCUGGCCGCAAUUGAAGCCGGUGAGGCGGCAAUCGACCCCAAAGACAUGGCAGAACAGUUUGCUAUUCGCCGGGACCCGAUGAAGCUUCAUUACCUUGAUGAUUUCUCCACCAUUGAGCCCGGCGUGGACAAGCAUGUCCGGGCGCCCAAGUCCAAUUCCGACUAUAACGCGACCUUGAAAAGCGAUGAUGAUUUCGUCGAAGACUUCGCCCGCUUCUUCCAAGAAAUGCCGGAGGACGCUACUGCGGCAGACUGGGUGCGGUUCGCUGAGACCAUGCGAGUCACCCUGGGCAAGGAGGAGAAUGAAUUGAACCCUCACAGUGCCCUUGUGCCGGAUUUGUUCAGCCCGGGGCAGUCUCUGACGGAGGAAGACAAACCUGUCAAGCCCUUUGAGAUGCAAUCGUCCACAAGGUUUGGAGAGAGUGAGGAAAUAACUGAGGCGUUGAAAAGGCUUCUCCAGUCGACAGGCUAUACUCAAGCCUUUGUCAAGGGUCUGGCGACCAAGACCCUUGUUUCGCACUCAGUCGUUAACCAGACUCGUCUGGGUAAGGUUCGUCGGAUGUACUGCCUUUCCAUCGCCGGCAACGGCAAUGGUCUCUUGGGAAUUGGAGAAGCCAAGUCCGAGGAGUCUGCCGAUGCCAUCACACAAUCCAAAUACCGAGCCAUCAGAAACAUGCAACCAAUCCCGCGGUACGAGGGCCGCACUAUCUUUGGUGAUGUUGAAGGCAAGGUUGGAGCAGUCGAGUUGAAGUUAAUGACCCGUCCGCCAGGAUUCGGACUCCGUUGUCAGCAUUUGAUCUUCGAGAUGUGCCGCGCUGCCGGUAUCCAUGACCUUGCCGCUCGUGUCGGUCGCUCAAGAAACCCUAUGAACACCGUUAAGGCAGCUUACGACGCUCUUAUGAGUCAACGCAACCCAGAGGAUAUUGCCCGUGCUCGUGGCAAGAAGAUGGUCGAUGUCCGUAAGGUCUACUACUCGGGAAGAUAUUAAUCGGCGUCUUCAGCAUGAUGUUACGUUCUUCCUAGUGGGACAUUUCUUUCCGGGUCUUAAAUGAUUUCAAAUAGUCUGGAUAACCUUCUUUUCGUUAUCUUGACGUCUCGGCAGUCAUCAUUUCGCAUAGAAUAGACUGUACGAAUAUGGGCAUCGUUUGCGGCAUGUAAUGCACGCUUUCUUUGCGUUAUGGCGAUGUAUAUAAUCCUUUUUUCUCCUUUUGUUCUCUUUGUACCCUGACAUGUAUUUGUAUCUGCAAGACUAGUGUCAUAGUAUUUCAUAUCAAUCCAGUUCCUGGUUCCAUAAUCAAUCAACCCACAAAGCCCAACACCACGCCAACCAAAACCCACAUACCAAAACAAAGGGGGUAUACCCAUGGCCCACACCUAUAUAUGCAAGAGAAAAGAAACAAAAAAGAAGCCCCUCGUACGAUAAUCACAGAAGCAAAGGUAACCAAUAUCAAGCAAAUCGCCCCUCAAAGCUCAUAUCCUCAUCCUGAUAAUCAUACCCCUGAUCAUGAUACUGCA